GACUAACCUAGAGGAGGAGCUGGAUGUGUUGCGGGUCCAGGCUGCUAUGGACCGGGCCACUGUACAGGAGCUGAGGAUGUGUCUUCAGAACGAACAACAAGGUGAGCCUUGUCACUUACACACCAUAGAGUUGGAAACAAAGCCCACCCAAUGUUUGCUCAGGAUUAUAAUCCAUUGGCUGAUCCGGGUGGAAUUCUGUGAUCCCGUCGUUAUAACAUUAGAAGUCCCAUCCAGGGAAAUGAUGAAAGCAUUCAAUUGUGCUGUCCAUGCUAAAAAAAUGGCUUUGUGGCAAGUGUGCCCUAUAUCCAACUCUAUGGUCCACACUCUAGAGUCUAAAGGCUGACUGACCGAUCAGAACCCAAUCAAGCUCUAUUGCCCCAUUUCCCCUUGUCUGAAAGAAUUUGUCCUCCAUUGGUUUUAAUUCUCAAGCAUACUGUAGGUAUCAAGCAACACCCCUGGAUAUUGCCUCCAGGCUGAACAAGUCAGAGGAAGCACUGAAUAAGUAGUGGGUUUAAAAGCUCAUGUUCUAUAAUAGUUAUGACUGAAAACACGAUAGUACUUAUACAAUCUCUCUACAUGUAAUGUGUAUCGAAAUAUCAAAUUACUUGAUUCUUGCUAUGUAACUACUGUAAAGAAUAAAAAAAUAAAAGCCAUGUACUGUUGAAGUCGGAAGUUUACAUACACCUUAGCCAAAUGCAUUUAAACUCAGUUUUUCACAAUUCCUGACAUUUAAUCCUAGUAAAAAUUCCCUGUCUUAGGUCAGUUAGGAUGACCACUUUAUUUUAAGAAUGUGAAAUGUCAGAAUAAUAGUAGAGAGAAUGAUUUAUUUCAGCUUUUAUUUCUUUCAUCACAUUCCCAGUGGGUCAGAAGUUUACAUACACACAAUUAGUAUUUGGUUGCAUUGCCUUUAAAUUGUUUAACUUGGGUCAAACGUUUCGGCUAGCCUUCCACAAGCUUCCCAUAAUAGGUUGGGUGCAUUUUGUCCCAUUCCUCCUGACAGAGCUGGUGUAACUGAGUCAGGUUUGUAGGCCUCCUUGCUCGCACACGCUUUUUCAGUUCUGCCCACACAUUUUCUAUAGGAUUGAGGUCAGGGCUUUGUGAUGGCCACUCCAGUACCUUGACUUUGUUGUCCUUAAUCCAAACUUUGGAAGUAUGCUUCCCAAGGCCUCCCGAGUGGCGCAGUCGUCUAAGGCACUGCAUCGCAGUGCUAGCUGUGCCACUAGAGAUCCUGAUUCGAAUCCAGGCUCUGUCGUAGCCGACCGGGAGACCCAUGGGGCGGCGCACAAUUGGCCCAGCGUCGUCCAGGGUAGGGGAGGGAAUGGCCGGCAGGGAUGUAGCUCAGUUGGUAGAGCAUGGUGUUUGCAACGCCAGGGUUGUGGUUCGUUCCCACGGGGGGCCGGUAUGAAAAAAAUAAAGAAUAAUGUAUGCACUAACUGUAAGUCGCUCUGGAUAAGAGCGUCUGCUAAAUGACUAAAAUGUAAAUGUAAAUGCUUGGGGUCAUUGUCCAUUUGGAAGACCCAUUUGCCUCCAAGCUUUAACUUCCUGACUGAUGUCUUGAGAUGUUGCUUCAAUAUAUCCACAUAAUUUUCCUUCCUCAUGAUGCAAUCUAUUUUGUGAAGUGCACCAGUCCCUCCUGCAGCAAAGCACCGCCACAGCAUGAUGCUGCCACCCCUGUGCUUCACGGUUGGGAUGUUGUUCUUCGGCUUGCAAGCAACCCCCUUUUUCCUCCAAACAACAAUGGUCAUUAUGGCCAAACAGUUCUAUGUUUGUUUCAUCAGACCAGAGGACAUUUCUCCAAACAGUACAAUCUUUGUCCCCAUGUGCAGUUGCAAACCGUAGUCUGGCAUUUUUAUGGCGGUUUUGGAGCAGUGGCUUCUUCCUUGCUGAGCGGCCUUUCAGGUUUUGUCGAUAUAGGACUCGUUUUACUGUGGAUAUAGAUACUUUUGUACCGGUUUCCUCCAGCAUCUUCACAAGGUCCUUUGCUGUUGUUCUGGGAUUGAUUUGCACUUUUCGCACCAAAGUACGUUCAUCUCUAGGAGACAGAACGCGUCUCCUUCCUGAGCGGUAUGACGGCUACGUGGUCCCAUGGUGUUUAUACUUGCGUACCAUUGUUUGUACAGAUGAAAGUGGUACCUUCAGGCGUUUGGAAAUUGCUCCCAAGGAUGAACCAGACUUGUGGAGGUCUACAAUUUUCUUUCUGAGGUCUUGGCUGAUUUCUUUUGAUUUUCCCAUGAUGUCAAGCAAAGAGGCACUGAGUUUGAAGGUACGCCUUGAAAUACAUCCAUAGGUACACCUCCAAUUGACUCAAAUGAUGUCAAUUAGCCUAUCAGAAGCUUCUAAAGCCAUGACAUCAUUUUCUGGAAUUUUCCAAGCUGUUUAAAGGCACAGUCAACUUAGUGUAUGUAAACUUCUGGCCCACUGGAAUUGUGAUACAGUGAAUUAUAAGUGAAAUAAUCUAUCUGUAAACAAUUGUUGGAAAAAUUACUUGUGUCAUGCACAAGGUAGAUGUCCUAACCGACUUGCCAAAACUAUAGUUUGUUAACAAGAAAUUUGUGGAGUGGUUGAAAAACACAAAGUGUAUGUAAACUUCCGACUUCAACUGUAUGUAAAAUGUGUGUAGAAUGUACAUGUAACAACAAAGGAAAAAGCUGUAAAAAACAACGUUUAUCUUUGUCUUCCGAAGAGGGUGGAUGCCCCCUCCCCCCAAAAAAAUAAAUUAAAAAAGAAUACACUGAAUAACGGCACAUAUGUUGUUUUAACAUACGUAUGUCGAACAUCUGUUGAACGGUAGUGUUCUGACGUGCUUGUAAUGUUGUACUUCCUGGCUUUUUUUUGUUUGUUUGAACACCACAUCUUCAGUGGAAUUAACAGGACAAUUCAAUAAAAACCUGAACAACCUGUUCUAAAUUGACUGGGAUAUCAAAAAGAAUGCAUCUUCUUUGCAUAGUGCAUACCUCCCCUCCUAAUCGUAGAACGUGCAUCACUUUGUCUGUGUCCCAAAUGGCACCCUAUUCCCUACAUAGUGCACUACCUUUUACCAUAGUCCUAUGUGCUGGUCAAAGGUAGUGCACUAUAUAGGGAAUAGGGUGCCAUUUGGGACCCAGCGCUUUUACUCCAAUCUGCAUCCCUUUGUCAAAUACUGAAUAACCUACUACAGUGGCCCUUUUAAUUAACGAGUUCAAUAACCAAUCUGUUCUCCAUCACUUUAAUUUACCUGAUGAUUAAUGAUGGUGUCUGUCGGCCAAAUGCGAAACCAGGGCUACAAAGGAUGCCACUAAUUAAGAUGGCGCAUCCCAUUGACAAUCAAUGGCAUAAUCAGAAAAGCUGAGAGAUAGACCGGCUUUGAAAGUAAUGGUUUAACAUUGUAUCCUGUCUGUCACCCAAUCAACCAAAUUAGAGACCUAUAAUCUCUACACAGCACCACCUGAGUGAAAGCACAGCUGCAGCCACAGAAUGUUUAUGAUUAUACUACUACCUUUCACUUCAUAAUAACGUAAAGGCCCAAUCCCUAUUUUGAAAACUGUCUAUAAAUAUCACGGUUAGGCCCUUUAAGUUAAACCCAAGGAUACAUGAUUGAUUGUGACAAAAGUGAUUAUGUAAUUGAUUGACAUUCAAGAUAUAAAUUGAAAUUGCUAACCGUUUUUGACAACUCUGAGGCCUGCUCAUCAUAUACCAACACUGUAGCGGCUCAAAUCAGGCCCUGGCAACACAUUUACAUUUACAUUUUAGUCAUUUAGCAGACGCUCUUAUCCAGAGCGACUUACAGUUAGUGAAUACAUAUUUUUUUUAUACUGGCCCCCCGUGGGAAUCGAACCCACAACCCUGGCGUUGCAAACGCCAUGCUCUAUCAACUGAGCUACAUCCCUGCCGGCCAUUCUCUCCCCUACCCUGGACGACGCUGGGCCAAUUGUGCGCCGCCCAUGAGUCUCCCAGAGAUCCAUAGAACACGUUUUACGAGCGGCCCCGGAAUUAACUCUUGCGGAACCCCUCUGACCCGAUCAAAGGGAGAGAGGUUCAAGCAGCAACCCAACCCAACCCUAUCACAAUCCCGUUAAAGAAAGCCAACAGAUGAAAGACAACGCUCCGUGGCGGAGACCUUUGUGGCUCGGCCCGUAAGGGGCGGGAGAGGGAGGAGCAGAGGAGGAGGUGAUGCGGGUGGGGGGGCGGGGGGGUUGAGAAGACGUUAGAGCCUUUAGACGUUAAUGAAUGCUGUAGCAUUGGGACCUCCUCCAAUGCAAAGUGACUAGAGAGCCACCGACUCCCUCCAUAUCAAGGUACUAGUGCCGAGGUGCCAACUCCCCAGCCACCCACCCCCCAGCCCGGGCCGUCGCUGCUACGAGCGGGAUAAUUGUCUCCCUAUCUGGUUAUGUACACGGCGCGGCACGGCAGCCCUCGCUAAUUAUUUGGGCUCUGGUCUGAUUGGAUGUGACAAGCCAGGGGAGACAAAAGAGAUGGCUAAUUCAAAGUAACAAACUUCCUUUUCCCCUCCUCGGCCAUGCACAGGAGAAGGAGGGAGGAGCACAGUGCUUCAGAGCGAAGAGCUGAUCCACCUCUUUCUCUCUCUCGCUCUCACUCUGUCGCUCCCUCUCUCUCUCUCUUUCUCUCUCCUUCUCCUGCAUCUCACGGCAAAAGGUCAACUGACCUGAAAAGUCGAGUGCCUGAAUAUUUCACAUUUUCAACCUCAUCUGACAAAUGAGUUUCCUUGUACCACCAUGAAAGUUUAACCAGAAGGAGCGAAGGAAAAGUUUUGUCUUCGUUAUUAUUUAGCCUCAACCUUUUUAUUUACAUUUUUGGGGUCAAAAAAGAGGGUAGUUCGCACACAAAAUAGACAAACUCCUAUUCCUUUUGUGAUUUUUAAAUGUAGAUUAUUUUUGCUUGUAGCAGCAGGGGAAUCAGUCUUCACCGGUGAAUGUUAAAGAUAUAUUAAUAAUGACUUGUUGAACUGCUCCUAAUAAAGGAAGAUUUUAUUCGUUGGAGAGGAGUUAUUCUACCGGGGGUGGAUGCAUGGUGGGCUACAAAGCAAGCAGGGCAGCCAGGGUUUGUGCGUUCACAGGGGAGUUGAACAUUUCUCUACGUUUGUUUAAGAUCUCCAGGGGUGGGGGUUGAGUUUUCACCAAUGUCUGCUUUUGAUUGAACAUAAAAUAUAAGGCCUUUAUUAUUAGUAGUGGUUGAUAAAGUCCUAUGGUUUUAGAAUGGAAAUGGAUAUUCUAGGGUAGAUGUAUUCAUUCUUAUCCCAUAAUAUGACAAAUCACUGUCUUCAAAUGCUCUUUGCGUUGUCAUUUCAUAAUGGUUUUAUAUGUCUGAGUAAUUGCCAAAGUGAUAUAAUUUAGGGCCCUCUUGUCUUGAACUUAAACGGAAGAUUUAAGUUCAGACACUGGCAAGUCAUGUGUUUCUUCCUGACACUAUUUUCAGAAAAGAACAAGUAGCCUACAAGAAUAGGCUUACGACGUGAAAAGAAAUCAAUUAGACAUAAUUAAUCAAACUUGAUUUAAUAAUAUAAAAUUUGGCUGGCUGAAAGGAAGCAGACACUUGUCUUUUCUUCGUGUCACAAUAACAUGCUUUGUUCUCGUCGGCAGAGCUUCUUCACAAAGUGGCAGCCGAGCCGGAGGUCAAGAGUAGCACUCCCAAAAAGCCCUCUGCCGAGAGAGUGGAGCAGUCGCUGAAGAAGGUACAGUAAACUGCUCUUUGUCACCGCCAAUAAAAGAAACCGGCAAGACAAAAGUCUUCUUCACCACAAUACCUGGAACUGAAGUUAUUUCUGUAACACUGAAGUGGGGAGAGAAAUACCGUCUUGGCUCUUGGAAGUUUUAUUUGGAUGUUUUGUCGUUGAGCAGACAUUUUUCUGGUCAAAAUAACAACUAGAAAAACAUAUUUGAAAAGGAUUCAAUGUCUGUUGUUGGUUGCAAAGGCUUUCUUCUGAGAAGUACUAAACAACCACAAACAAUGCCUUUCUAAAUGACUUCUUCCCAGGCCCCAUCACUCACUGUGAGUGUGAUAAUCCUCCACAAUGACGUUGGAUGAAGUGCCAUCCAGGGGAUGUUAAGAGGGGAUGUAAGAGCGUGCUAAUACGCCCAUAAUAGUCAUGCAGUGGUAUGUUGAAGAGGUUUGAGAGGGACACAGGGAACUAUUUUAACGGGGAAUUAAAUUGUUCCAGAAUCAUUUAUAGCAGAUGAUGCCAAGGCGGCAAGAGCCAACAAAUGCCAUAUGGCGGUUUAAUGGAGACUGUCAUGGCAUCUAUUACUGUCUGACAGUACCAUGUUAGUGUAAUAACCAACAGGGGUCAGGGGAGGAGGGGAAGAGUGGAGCAGCAUUCAUUUAUGCUCUCCGGAAAUGGUGGGUAAUGGAAAUACAUUUUGGGAAGGCCCGGUAAGGAGAAAGUAUGUGUGAGCGUGUGCGUGAAAUUUUACAUGUCUUCCCAUCUCACAGCAAGUCGAUGAUCAGGCGGACCAGAAAGCCAUCCUAAUUUUGUUUGAAUGGUACCGUGCUGCUUAAGCAGAGGGCAGAGCCCAGCACAAUAAAAGGGAGAGAUUGCCUGGGGGUAUAACUAUACCCAGCAGGCAUCCACUGUUCUGUUUAACCGUCUCCACCCAAGAUCCAACAAAGAGACAAAGUGGUCCUGUUUCGUGUUUAGUGAUGGGUCGGGGGGUUAGCAGUCAUGUCCGUAGCCUCUCUGGAUGGGAGGGGGGGGGGGGGUAGGGGGCUCUCUCACCCCCCAAAAAAGAGGCACAGACAGAAUGGGAGUGUUUACAUUUUAGUAAUUUAGCAGAUGCUCUUAUCCAGAGCUUACAGGAGCAAUUAGGGUUAAGUGCCUUGCUCAAGGGCACAUCGACAGAUUUUUCACCUAGUCAGCUCGGGGAUUCGACCCAGCGACCUUACUUAACCACUAGGCUACCUACCGCCGUGUUAAUGGUCUAAUGGUUUGUUUCAACCCUCUACUGCCCUGGCCUGCAUAGUUAAUGUGAACAGGCCAGGGCAGUAGAGAGAAACACAGACACUACCCUGUUUUUGCAGUUCAAAGUGGACAGGAUUUUUCUUGUUCGUAGCUUGUUUUAAGACAUUUACAGAUUAACUCAGUGAAUAUGAUAUCCAUUAACUCUACAUGGCAGAGGACAUAGAGUUGCAUGACUGUGAGAUUAGGUUUGGUCCUAAUGAACACUCAAUGAUCACCAUAUAGAUAGAACAGUUGGAGAGGAGGACGGUGUCCAUGGAGCAGGAGACCGAGAGGCUGAGGGAGGACAACCAGGACCUCCAGGAGGCCAACACAGCUCUAACCCAGGACAACGAGCACCUCCAGGCCUCCCUGGCCCACCUCCGCACCCAAGGGGCUGCCCGCGAUGAGGCGGCUCAUGCCCAGGCACUCGCCCAGGGAGAGAGACACCGUGCCGAGGCCCUGGCCCUGGAGAUCCAGCUGGAGGGGGCCAGGAAGGAAGCCGGACGCACCCGGCAGCAGCUGCUCCGGCUCAGGCAGGAGCUGGGCAUCCUGAGGGCGGCCAGGGACUUCAACAGGAGCCAGAGAGGACCCAAGGCUAACAUGCUAACAGGGCUAGCUGCAGCAGCCACAGCAGGAGGAGGAAUAAGUGGAGGGGCAUUAGCAAACAACAAGGUCAAAUUCAAAACAGGCAGAGGCCCAGCGCGGCUGCACCGCCACCGAGCGGUCGGCCCCAAUCAAGCCAUCGGAGGAGGAGGAGGAGGAGGAGGAGGCCGCAGCCCUGCUAGGGACGACUGGGAGGACAUGAGUGCGGACAGGUACGACACACACACUUUCUCUCUCUCUCUCUCUCUCUCUCUCUCUCUCUCUCUCUCUCUCUCUCUCUCUCUCUCUCUCUCUCUCUCUCUCUCACCCCCUCAUUAUUUUUUAGGAGGGGGUGGGGGGGUUUAGCGGCAUCGAGGGGACACCGUGCAUAUGCAAAGCGUAAGCAAAUGGGUGAUUGAAUUUUCAGCGCCUGUCUAGUUGGUAUUCAAGAGCCAAAGGAAGAAGAUGGCGAGAAAAAAAAAAAAAAAAAACUACUGUCAGAUCCUUUGAAAUAUCCUGGGACGUCUUGCUCGGAGCUUAUUGACUGAAAUUUGCAUGCAAAAUUAGCCACCUCUGCACACAGAGUUGAACUGGUGCCAAGAAAGCCCGACACUUGAUAUGAUAAGGGCCCGACACUUGAUAUCUUCCAGUGAUGCAGUCAUGAGGCCUGGAAAUUGACAGUUUGGCAGCUUGAUUUAAUUUACCGGUCCUUUGCAUAUUCACCCCCCUCUUGACAGCAACCAAGGCAUUCCCAGGCAUAGGUUCCCCCCCACCACCCCAACCCCAGUCAGUUCCGUUAUCUUGUGACAUGUCGAUUCAGGAUGUGCGCAACCAUUUUUUUUCUCCCUCCCUCCCCACACGAACCCCCUCUCAUUCCUCUCCUCGCCUUAAUUUAGUUGGAUACAUUUUGAAUGACCCUCCUCGGCUCGCUACCAGAUGUCUACAAGCUGUUUAACACUCUCCAAAUUAAGAACCAUCUACAGUAAUUAUUUCAUGUAUGUUUUAUGCUAAAAAGCCACUGAGCUAACGUUUAUUGAGUGAUGGUUGGGAUGAUUUGAUUUCAAACACCGGCUACCCACACCGCUGGCUGAUGUUUAUUUCUCACCAAGACUCUCUUCCCCCCUCCAGCAGUAGCCUAGCUACACUUCACACACACACACACACACACACACACACACACACACACACACACACACUCACCUCACCUCUCCCAUGACUAAUUCAUCUCACUGAAAUCUUAUCCAGGGUCUAUUGGUUACUCACAUGGGGAUGUUGAAACCUAACAGUGGCUGUAUAAACCUAUGGCGUGCUUCUCCCUUGUCCCUAAUGUGUCUAAUAAGCAGCUGUAAGAUACCGUUUUAACCUAAAAGGGGGACUUAGGAGGAUUUAGGAAAGUGUGUCUUAAAUGAAGAUGUCUUAGUUAAGUUACCUGUCAGUUUAGGUGUAGUGCUGUAAAGCCUUCUGUCUCUCAUGUCUCAAUGUUAUUAUGCCUAUAGGUGCUUGGGAAAAUGUCAAGGUUUUUCAUCCUGCCGAGAAUUUGUUAAAUACCAACAAAAUGAAGACAUCAGACUCGUUAAAGAAGUGACUGACAAGCGCCUUCCUCCGUCUUGGUUUUUAACUGUUCUUCUCAAUGCCUCUGGCUCUCGUUGUGGUUAGACAGUUUCAGGAAGAAGUACCUUAAGGCUGGCGGCCAUUUUACAUUUUCACCACAUCAGCAGUUUGUUUGGAGAGUAGAGCAGGGAUGAGGCAGGGGGCUCCGGGAGAGUACUGUAGGGGCUAGCAGGAGGUCUCUGGUAUACAAUAUAUAAUACGCCUCCGCAGUCCGCACUGCUGCAAGACACCAGCACACACACACACACACACACACACACACACACACACACACACACACCUGUCUCCCGAAGCAAGGCAGCCAUGACACGACCAGCACACUGUCCUGUCCACUCAGCACAUCUGAGACUGAUGGAAUAGUAGAAGUGCCCUAAACAGGGGGAACGCCUGCCACAGGGUGUGAGAUACAGUGAUACAGCUCACUCCCUGACAAGGUGAUCACCCCCGCCCUGGCUGAGUGAGUGGUUCAGCCCAAAGGCAGUGAGCAGGCAGGUAAAGACAGGCUGUCUGAAGUACCUGUCAAUUACAACAGCAUAUCAUGCAAAUACAGUCUAUUCAAUACAUCCAGCGUACUGUUAUAGUGAAGACUUGACUUGUAUCCACAGGGUUGGUUUGUAUUGAAAUAGUUCUUUAUUCCCCUUACUUUGGUAUCGUGUAUUGUAGGCUAAAUGCCUCUCUGGUGCAGGUGUGUGGUAUACUGGAAUGCUCAGUACUCGGCACAGUCUGUCAGUAGGCCAGUCUUGGGCCUUAGUGGCUGGGUCUAGUCCUUUCUCCCUCCAGCCUCCAGCCUCCAUCCCCAGCCUCCGCCCCCCAGCCCUGGGGCCUUUUGGUCUGUCAUGUCGGAAGGCUGAUGGUGAUGUGGAGCUCUUUACCUCUGCUGCUCUCACCGCCCCACGUUAAUAAACCCACAGCGUAAAUGUCACUGACUUCCACGUCAAAGGUCACUGUCGAUAACUGGGGGGAAUGGGGUAGGGAGUGGAGGUGUGUGUGUGCCCGUGCCAGUGUGUGUGUGUGUGUGUGUGUGUCUCCGAAACCUUUAUCGCACGUCCGUCCAUCAGAUGGGCUCGUCUCGUCGUCGCUCAGCCAUGCCACUCACACACGUCUGUCACACAGAAAGCACUAAUGAAGGCCACAGCAGUCUUCAUACAUGUUGAUACACACCGUAGCACAACUGAUGAGGUGGAAUUCAUUCAGGUCAUUUCCAGGAAUUCAGGAAAUAAAUUCAGGAAUUAAAUUGCACAUGGAAUGAGAUGGAAAAAACAAUACUCUGCUUGAUGGUAAAUGGAACAUUGGAUAUAUAAAUUGUUAUUGAACUUCCAUACAUGCAAAAUUCAAAUAUUACUGUGUUAAUACAUAUUCACAUUCUUUAUUUUUCUCUCUUGCCCCUCUCUCUCUCUCUCUGUCUCUCUCUCUCUGUCUCUCUCUCUCUGUCUGUCUCUGUCUCUCUCUCUCUCUCUCUCUGUCUCUCUCUUUCUGUCUCUCUCUUUCUGUCUCUCUUUCUCUCUGUCUCGCUCUGUCUCUCUCUGUCUCUGUCUCUCUCGCUCUCUCUCUCUCUCUCUCUCUCUCUCUCUCUCUCUCGUGACAGUGGAGAGGAGUACUGUGACAGCCUGGACAGUCACCCAGUCAAGGUGGGUCCAUUUGGAGCAGUCCAUCUAUUCUUCCAUUCACUAUAACCUCCAUUCAACCAACUAACAGGUCUUUACACAUAAUGUGUAAUUGGAGUAGUUAAUUGAAUAGUUGUUUGUAAUGGGUGAGUCAGUCAGGAUGUUAUUAACCUGGGUUUGGCCAAGCCGUGUCUGGCCUAUAUUACACAGUGCUCUACAUGGCUUUAGGCUCUGCCUCCUGUGUUCCAACAAGUUGUGGCUUCUUCCUUCCUCCAUCAAUAGUCCAGGUUUCUCUGUCCUUGUUUUUGUCUAUUGUCAACUCCUUCACUGUAAUACCUGGCAGCUAUUCACCAAAGAGAGAGAGACACUUCUCUAGAAAUGGGUGGAUUUGGGUGUUCUCUAGGCUCUUCUAUCUGUCAAGACCCCAGUGUCUCUCCAAUCCCUCAUGCAGCCCCUCCUCCACUCCGCAUGCCCCUCCGUUCGCCCUGCCAAUCAGCUCCGCCCAGCUUCAUCGCCAUGACAGUGGAGCCACGCGCGCUGUGUCACAAACCAAAGGGCUUCCGGAAGGCUCCAUGUGAUCAAACCAGCCCGUGAUUAAACCCUACCGGUGCUCCGGGGGGGAAGGGCUUUGAUGUGACUACAAACGCUCUCGGGCGGUGUCACACACACACAUACACACACACACACCGUGGCGCACAGGGGCAAGGGGGUGAGUGAGCACGGGGGUGUUUCAACUGGCACCUGUCAAGAGAGUUGCGGCGGUGUAGAGUUGCGUUCGAGUCGACGUGUGUUGUAUUAAACACGUUGCGCCGCAUUACUGCGCGGUGUGAUUUGUCGCGUCGCAUUAAACGCCACAUGCUGUGAUUCCUGCGUGACACGACACGCCGCGUUCAAGACUCCCUCAGUCUGUUGCGGAUGUCAACCUGUUGUGUUGCAUUAAAAGGCAGGGUUUAAAAGCGUUGCAAAACGUUUUUGUUUGUCUUUUUCCAGUCACACAGGUACGGAGCCACCUCAGAACAGCCAGCGGAAGAAUUCUCCAGAACGCAGCCCGAUGUUCCGAACCAAGGUAGCAACAACAUGGUUUCAUGUUUCACUCAGAUUUUCACUAAACUUCAACUAUUUAGGGGGGGGGGGGGGAACCACCAAAACACACACUAUUGGAAACGGCACUUGAUACAAAACAAGUUUCUGUUAUCUACGCUGUUGUAUCGGUUAUAUAUGGAAUGGCUUAGUCAGUCUGGUAAUAGAAUAUCUCACACACACACAUACACACAUUUGAUAACUCUCAGCAGCAGAAAUCUAAAUGGGGAUUGUGAGUGUGUUCACCGCUGUCUCGUACAUGAACACUCUGAGGAACGCACUGUGUUCUCCCCUUGUUAGGAAAUAAACAGAGGGAGCCGGGGGAGGAAGGAGGGCUGAGAUGGAGUGAGAGAAAGAGGAGGAAGGCCCAGAGGUGCGGCUGCUGCGCCCCCUCCUCUCUGCGCGGGCGCGUUCUGGCGCUCCAGCGCCACCUCGCCGUUCUACAGACCGCCCGGCGUGAUGCCCAGCGCUCCGCCCGGGAGCUGCGAGACGCCAACGAGAAGAUCACUUCGCAGCUCAACCAGAGACUGAACGUCAGCAAGCAGUUAUCACAGGUACCACAGACCAGAGGAGAGGAUAUACAAAGGGGACAGAAAGAGUGGAAGGAACAGAAGAGAAGGAGGGGAAGAAUGGAAAGAUAAGGAGGGGGGUUGGUACAGUAACUGGGAACAAGGAAGUUGUUCUUUUUCUCUCCUUUUUUUUUCUUCCUGUCUUUUCUUUUGUCUUUCGGUGUGUUUCUGGGGGCCCUAUCCCUGGCUGCAGUGGUAGCAGCUCCUUUGCGCUUAUCAUGCUUAAUAAGUGUGUGUCUGACAGGCCUGCCCUCGCCUGAGGAGGUCAGCACCACAGAGGAGCAGAGGAAGAGACACAGAGCACUGAACACACUGCUGCAGUCUCCUGCAAUACCCUACUGACUACUAUACUAUACCCUACUGACUACUAUAAUAUACCCUACUGACUACUAUACUAUACCCUACUGACUACUAUACUAUACCUUACUGACUACUAUGACUAUACCCUAUCUGACUACUAUAAUAUACCCUAGCCCUACUGACUACUAUACUAUAAUAUACCCACUGACUACAUACUAUACCCGACUCACUCUAUCAUAUACCCUAACUGGCACACUAAGCCCUACUGACUACAAAUACUAUCAACCCUACUGACUACUAUACUAUACCCUACUGACUACUAUACUAUACCCUACUGGCUACUAUACUAUACCCUACUGACUACUAUACUAUACCCUACUGACUACUAUACAAUACUAUACCUUACUGACUACUAUACUAUACCCUACUGACUACUAUACUAUAAUAUACCCUACUGACUACUAUACUAUACCCUACUCACUACUAUACUAUACCAUACUGACUACUAUACUAUACCCUACUGACUACUAUACUAUACCCUACUGACUACUAUACUAUACUAUACCCUACUGACUACUAUACUAUACUAUACCCUACUGACUACUAUAAUAUACUAUACCCUACUGACUACUAUAACUAUACCUACUGACUACUAUACUAUACCCUACUGACUACUACAUAUACCCUACUGACUACUAUACUAUACCCUACUGACUACUACUGAUACUAUACCCUACUGACUACUUAUAUACUAACCCUACUGACUACUACUAACUAUACUAUACCCUACAGACUACUAUAAUCUACUAUACUAUACCCUACUGACUACUAUACUAUACCCUACUGACUACUAUACUGUACUAUACUAUACCCUACUGACUAUAACUAUACCCUACUGACUACUAUACUAUACCCUACUGACUACUAUAUAUACCCUAUACUGACUACUAAAUACCUAUGACUAUAUACUAUACCCUACUGACUACUAUAUACUAUACUCUACUGACCUACUACUACUAAUACUAACCCUACUGACUACUAUACUAUACCCUACUGACUACUAUACUAUACCCUACUGACUACUAUACUAUACAUAUACUACACUAUACUGAACCUAUACAUACCCUACUGACUACUAUACUAUGCUCUACUGACUACUAUACUAUACCCUACUGACUACUAUACUAUACCCUACUGACUACUAUACUAUACCCUACUGACUACUAUACUAAACUAUACCCUACUGACUACUAUACCCUACUGACUACUAUACCCUACUGACUACUAUACUAUACCACUACUACUUGACUACUUACUACUACCUACUGACUACUAUAAUAUACCCUACUGACUACUAUACUAUACCCUACUGACUACUAUAACUAUACCCUACUGACUACUAUGACUACUAUACUAUACCCUACUGACUACUAUACUAUACCCUACUGACUACUAUACUAUACCCUACUGACUACUAAUAACCUAUACUAUACCCUACUGACUACUAUACUAUACCCUACUGACUACUAUACUAUACCCUACUGACUACUAUACUAUACUACUACUCUAUACUGUACUACUAUACCUACUGACUACUAACUAUGUACUAUAUCCUCUACUACUAUACUAUACCCUACUGACUACUAUACUAUACCCUACUGACUACUAUACUAUACCCUACUGACUACUAUACUAUACCCUACUGUACUACUAUCCAUACUAUACCUACUGACCUAUACUACUAUAACCCUACUGUACUAUACUAUAUAUGAUACUAUAUAAAUACCACUGACUACUAACUACUGACUUAUACUAUACCCUACUGACUACUAUAAUAUACCCUACUGACUACUAUAAUAUACUCUACUGACUACUAUAACUAUACCCUACUGACUACUAUACUAUACCCUAACUACACUAUACUAUAACUAUACCUACUGACUACUAACCCUACCUAAUGACUCUAUACUAUACCCUACUGACUACUAUACUAUACCCUACUGACUACUAUACUAUACCCUACUGACUACUAUACUAUACCCUACUGACUACUAUACUAUACCCUACUGACUACUAUACUAUACCCUACUGACAUAACUAUACUGUACUAUACUAUACCCUACUAAUGACUACUAUACUCUACCUAUACAAUAUAUACCCUAUGACUACUUACUAUACCCUACUGACUACUAUACUAUUACUAUACGAUUAUACCUACUGACUACUAUAAUAUACCCUACUGCUACUAUAUAUACCUACUACUACUAUAUAACCCUACUGACUACUAUACUAUACUGUACUAUACCCUACUGACUACUAGACUAUAUAUUAUACCAUACUGACUACUAUACCGUACUGACUAUUAUACUAUACCCUACUGACUACUAGACUAUACCCUAAUGACUGCUAUACUAAACCCUAAUGACUACUACACUAUACCCUAAUGACUACUAUACUAUACCAUAUGGACUACUAUACUAAACUAUACCCUACUGACUACUAUACUAUGCUCUACUGACUACUAUACUAUACCCUACUGACUACUAUACCCUACAUACUACUAGACUAUACCCUACUGACUACUAUAAUAUACCCUACUGACUACUAUGCUAUACCCUACUGACUACUAUACUAUACCCUACUGACUACUAUAAUGUACUCUACUGACUACUAUAAUGUACUCUACUGACUACUAUACUAUAAUGUACUAUGCUGACUACUAUAUUUUACUAUACUGUACUGACUCAACCAGCUAGUCUCUGAAACAGUGUCGUAGUGUUAUUUCUCAGACUCAAUUGCACACCGAAUUCAAACAUAUUUUUUUUGUUCGCUACGUACAGUACUUCAUUCUGAGACUGCCAUCGUUGAAGUUGUUUGUGGGGACGUCAAAAUGAGGGGUGUUGUACAAAACAAAGCCAUCAGCCAUUGGAUCAUAUCUAACCAAUCAGAGUGUCAAAGCCAAUGGCACAUUUUCAAAACGCCGCUUUACCCACGUGUGUUCUGGCUCUGGCCCAACCUAUUGGUUUCUGGGACCAAUCAGACGGUUUAAAAUGGAUUUCCAUUCUAGAAAUCGCCGGGGAGAUACUCAGAUACAAACUCAUUGCGGAGAUGAAACUAACAUCCGUGGUCGCGGUGUAGCGUUUGUGUAGCCAGGCAAAUUCUUCCAUGACUUGGCCUCCUCUCUCGCCCUCUCUCUCUCUCUCUCUCUCUCACGGCCUCACCAGGCCGUAUGGUAGUUAGUGGGACUGGCAGGAGGCCCCUGUUGGGCAGGAGCAGGCAGAGCCCCGACCAGCCCCAACCCACUGGAGGCCUGAUUAGGAGUGUGUGUGAUACACACAGGUCAAAGAGCGCAGGAGCCCCGACGCUCUGGAAGUGGCCUCCGGGUUCCGGCCCCUACCUAGGUACCGUAGAAUAGAACAGCCAGGGCCCCGAGGAGACCCCAGACACUGGCUCUGCGGCAUUAAUGACACACACAUACAAAUGCACACACACACACCUAGAAUCAGAGACACACACACACACUUUCCUCCGCUUGGGCUGACCAGAAAGAAACAGCAAUAGCUGUCUUUUACUCCUGCAGUAUUAAUGCCACUGCAGCAGAAGCCCUCAGCUCAGAGGCAGAUGGAAAACAGGGAUCAUUCCCCCCUAAAAGGGCACAAGGUCCUGUGCUGUUGGCUGGUAUCCGGCGGGCCCCUGCCUGCUAGCUCUCUGACUCGGAGUCCAAAUCUCUGGCUCUAAUUGGCUUAGCCCGGCGCCUCGGGGGCUGUCAUGUGAAAAGGUAUGAUGACAGUGUCAGAGACAGGGAAGUAGAGCUACCUCGUUUGUUUGGCUCCUUAGUGGUGUCCUGUAGUUUCCUGUUACUUCAAUGGGAAGUUGUGUUAUUUAAAUGUGAAUCAGGCGUCUGUGUGUUGUGUGUCGUGUGAUGAAAGUGUUAUAAAUGACUAAUCAGGUAUGUUUAGAGGGUGUUCUAGUUCUGGCGUCCCCAGGCACAGUGGUGUGUUAGUGUGUGUGGCUGCCGGUGACAUGAGAGAGAGAGGGAGGGAGGUAGAGAGAGAGGGAGGUAGAGAGAGAGAGAGGGAGGUAGGGAGAGAGGGGGGAGGAUGAGGAGGGAGAGAGGGGGUUAGGGAGUAGGGAUGAGAGGAGGGGGAUUGGAGGUAGGAGGGAGGUUUGGGAGAGGAGGUAUUAUGGACGAGCGGGAGGGUAGGGAGGUAGGGAGAUUAGGGAGGGGGGUAGGUAGGGAGAGAGGGAGGUAGGGAGAGAGGGGGGUAGAAAUUGAAUUGAGAGAGGGAGAUAGAGAGAGGGGUAGAUAGAGUGAGGGAGAAGGAGGUAGAGAGAAGGAGGUUGAGAGAAGGGAGGUAGAGAGAGGGGGAGGGAGGUAGAGAGAGAAGUGCUGUACCCUUUCUGUCUCUCAGCCUAAGUGGAACAUGUGUCUCUACAGCACAGUGACACUUUCAUCAGUCAAUCACACCACGCCAGCCACCCCAUCCCCACAGACCUCUCUGUCAGGAACCAGACUGCAAUAGCUGUCAGAGCCACACACACACAGAGAGAGAGAGACACACACUCACAGAGACACACACACGGCAGAGUGCUUUGUUAGGUAUUUCCACCCUGUUCCCUCUCCAUAAUUGCCGUCAGUCUGUAAAACGUGACCCUCUUAAUGGUGCUCUCUGUUCCUUGACUUCUGUCUUUGUACUUCCUGUUCAACAAGGUGGGAAGUAAAGGCAUGAGAAAGAGUCUGUUAGGAAAAUGAAGGAUAAUUAGGCUACUGGGGGGGGGACUUUGUCCUCUCUCACACUUUUCUUCUUCCCUCUCUUUCCUCUUAUUUGAGGAACGAGAGAAGCGACAGAAGCUUAGAGGAACCGCCGCCUCUGGGUGACAGGUGAGAUGUACUACGGUAAUUUCCGAAAAUGUUCCUCCCGCUGGAAAGAAACGUCGGUCAUGCAUAUUAACCGAACAGGGGAUCAUUUGGGGUUGGAUUAGGUACCUCGCACCCCUCCCCAACCUCCCUGUCUACCUCGUUCUACAAUUGAACGUCUCUUCGACAUGAACCCCACCCGUAAUCUCCAGGUGUGGAUCGGCCCAGCUCCCAUCUUGCAUGUAAGUGGCUGGGAUUACCACAGGAUUAGAGGGGGUAAAACAGACACGGCUGACAGGGUAAAGAGCGGCUUUUCUGGGUCUAGGCUUUUUAUGCUCAUGCACAUGACAGAACCUGGCACCUUAAUCCCGGUGACUCACUAUAAAGGUAGAACAUAAUAAAGAUGGGUCCACUGCUGCCUUCAGUUGUCUUUCCAAAAAUCUAUGGUUCAUCUAAAGUCUAGAAUCUAAGGUCAUGGCUGUUGGUCCUUGAGUUCUAUUACGUUAGUAUGAGUAUCUCUCGUUUAGAACAAUAGGUAAGUACUGUGUAGUUACUCUGCCAUGGUUAUUACCUUGGCCUGAGGUUUCUCUGGUGUUAUUCUGGAAAGAAUAAUACUGAUAUUGUCUCAACUCCAUUUUCAAGGUGUUGUACGUAUAUCUGGGUCUAGGUCAUGUUAGGCUAGCGUUCGCUUGUUGUGGUUGAGGAACUGAGCCGGCCCAAAAUGUGAGUGUACUGUAUGUGUCUAUGACUAUGUGGUGCCGUUGCUAUUUUCGGAGCCACCGGCCUCAUUAUUUAUCCUGCUAAUGAUUCGGUAUCACUUGGAAUGGCACCAGCGAGACCACUACCCUAGAGAGGGGGGAGAGAGGAACUGAAAUAGAGAGAGAGAGAGGGGGGGGAGAGAGUGCAAGAGUGGUAGAGAGAGAGAGUGUGAGAAAGAGAGAGAACAGAAAUAGACAGAACGGGAGGGAGAGGAGAAGGCGCAAGAGAGGGAGAGUAGUGAGCGAGAAGGGAGGAGACAGGAAGAGAGAGCGAGAGACUUCAGCUGGGCAGCCUAAUGGUCCCACCAUGCAUCAGAGUCAGUGUCAUCUCUCACCAGACCCAGGGCUGAAAAUGGCCCCUCUGAAAUCAAAGCCUGUCUUACGGGAAGUGUCAUCAAUGCCACUCUUAACACACACACACACACACACACACACACACACACACACACACACGACCCAGCAGCAGAAGCAGCCCCCCUCUCUCUGUCUCUCUCCAUAGGGAUAUGGCCUGUGAGCCUUCAAAGAGGAGGAAACCUAAAACAAGAGGUAUUCUACUAAGAGGUGUCAGCAGGCAACCAGAUAUCAAUAACCUCCAUGUAUGCAGCGCAGAGAGGCCACCCCUGGGACUACUGUGGUUUCCAGGAUGGUUGGGAGGGUGUGGGGGGGUUGAGAGGGUGUGGGGGGGUUGAGAGGGUGUGGUGGGUGUGGGGGGGUUGAGAGGGUGUUGGGGGGGUUGGAGGGUGUGGGGGGGUGGUUGAGGGUGUGGGGGGGGUGUGGAGGUGGGGGUUGGGUGUGGGGGUUGGGAGGGGUUGAGAGGUGUGGUGGGAUUGAGAUGGUGUUGGGGGGGGUGGUUGAGGGUGUGGGGGGUUGAGAGGGUGUGGGGGGGUUGAGAGGUUUGUGGUGGUUUGGAGGGUGUGGGUGGGUUGAGAGGGUGUGGGGUGGGGUUGAGAGUGGUGGGGGGUUUGAGAGGAGGGGGUUGAGAGGUGUGGGGGGUUGAAGGGUGUGGUGGGUGUGGGGGGGUUGAGAGGGUUGGGGGGUUGGGAGGGUGUGGUGGGUGAGAGGCUGUUGGGGGGGGGGGGGGGUGGGGUGAGAGGGUGGGGUGGGGUGGAGGGUGGUGGGGGGGGUUGGGGGUGGUGGGGGGGGGGGGUGGGGGUUGGAGGGUGGUUGUGGGGGUUGGGAGGGGGUUUGGCAUGGGUGUGGGGUUGGUGUUUGGGAUGGCUGGUGCGGAGGGGGUUUGGAGGGUGUGGGGGGGUUGUGAGGGUGUGGUGGGGUUGAGAGGGUGUGGGGGGGUUGAGAGGGUGUGGUGAGGGUGUUGGGUGUGUGUGCCACAUAUCACCUUCUCCCUAUUUGCACUACAAAGUGAGCAUGAUGUUUGAUAUGAUACCGGAUCGCUUUAUGUGGCAAUGAAAAUUAGACAACAGAAAAUACUUGCAUUGAGUACAUUACUUUGAUAAGAGGUCGAAAUGAUUAAUUGAGGUUGACAAUAUGAAUGCGGUUAAAACCGUUUAGCCUCAAAGCAAAUGUUUACCAUGUCUGAUACACUGGUACAGUAGAAUAGAUGAUGGGCUGGCAGUAUUAUCAUUCUCUCUCUCUCUCUCUCUCUCUUGCACACACACGUCCUCUCUACGCUUCUAAACCAAACCCACCUCAACUCCCUUCGUCCCAGGGUGCACUCUGAUUCUACUGGAUGGCUCUAUUACGCCUGCCAAUCAGGGUUAGAGAAUUAGGGCCCUUCGGCCGGCCGCAUGUCAGAAUCAUCCUCGUCUUCAUUAAGAUAGAAACAGGAUUUAAUCACAGUUACCAGUCACUACAUUACACUGUAGAAGAAUAUAUACAGUAACUCUCAAAAUACUUUGUUAGCCUAUCAUAAGGGGCUGGUUUCCCGGACAUAGAUUAAACCUAAUCCUGGAUUUAAAAGCAUUCUCCAUUGAGUGAUUUAAAAAAAAUCCAUGAACGUGUUCACCAUGUGGUCACUUAUUUCACUGCUUCAUCUGUACAUACACUACCGGUCAAAAGUUUUAGAACACCUACUCAUUCAAGGGGUUUUCUUUCAUUUUUACUAUUUUCUACAUUGUAGAUGUCACGAUCGUCGAACACAGUGGACCAAUGCGCAGCGUGGAAUGAGAACAUACUUUAUUCUAUUACACCACACGAACAAAACGAUACGUGACGUCCUUGGUAACAGACACAAACCAUACACGGAACAAGAUCCCACAAACACUGUGGCAAAACACGCUGCCUAAGUAUGGUUCCCAAUCAGAGACAACAAGCAACAGCUGAUACUCGUUGCCUCUGAUUGAGAACCACCCCGGCCAACACAGAAACACAUGAGCUAGAUAAAGAACCUAGAACACAAAUACAUAGAAACGACACACCCUGGCUCAACAUAACAGAGUCCCAGAGCCAGGGCGUGACAGUAGAAUAAUAGUGAAGACAUCAAAACUAAUGAAAUAACACAUACGGAAUCAUGUAGUAACCAAAAAAGUGUUAAACAAAUCAAAAUAUAUUUUAUAUAACUGAUCCUGGAUCAGCACUCCUACACUGAGACUCUUUGUGGAUACGUGUUCUGUGUUUAUCUGAGGACUUGGUUUUUACUUUGUUAGAUUGUUCCUCUCAGGGUGUCCGAUCCUCCCUCGUGUCUCAGGUCGGGUCCAGCUUUCCCACCACCUCUCACUGGAUUCACACAGACAGAAUAACAACAGAAGUCGUGGUCAAACUUGAGUCAGAGUCGUUGUAUUUUUUACAUGAUGCCACAACAGCAGUAGCAGGUAUAUUUUCUGACUCUCUCUCUCGUUAUCUUUUCAGUCAUGUUUUCUGUAAGUAUUUUCUCAAUCUAUGCUGCCGGUGCUGGUAUCAUAGCAUACUGUACGUUCUGACCCGCAUUAUUUUUUAAAUCACCCAAAACUAUUUUUGUCUUAUAUAUCUAACCUUAUAGCCUGCAGUACUUUCUGACUACCUCUCUCUCGCUCUCUCUCUACUCCCGGUGUGUUUAAUGGUGUUCCCAGAAGCUGACCUCUGACCUGGCGGGUGUAGAGCAGCAGAAGAAGGUGUUGGAGAUGGAGCUGGAGCAGUGGAGGCAGAUCCACAGGACCCCGACCCCCCAGCAGCUCCCCUCUACCGCCCCCCAGCCCCUGGAGACCCCCAGCCCUGCUGUCCUCAAAGCCCUGGAGGCAGAGGUCAAACAGCUCCACACUAAACUGAAGGUUAGUGGUCAGACUAUAGAGGAAGCAGGAGUUCACAGCAAAAGAUAUACAGUGUUUAUUUUUAUCAUUCAACCUUUAUUUAUACAGUUGAGUCAAUUAAGAACUGAUUCUUAUUUGCAAUGGUGGCCUGUCAAGAAGAGAGCACAGGAGUAAUAUAAAAGUAUGUUUACUUAUUUAUUUGACAGGGACAAUGCACACAUUGCUGUAAAUGUGCCAGAUUUAGCCAGCUGGCUAGUUUUCAUCUGUAGUCCCUGGGCAGAUAGAUAAAAACAUUUAAGAAAGCAUCAUAAACAUUUCACUGAGAAAAAAAAGAUAUGUGCACUAUACUAAACAUGUUUAUAGAAGCAAGGACCCUGACGUUAAUUAUCUGACGAUGCUGACAGUUCCAGCAGGGUUGACAAUGCUGUCAGAAACAAUCCAUCAAGCUUCAAUUUAACACUCCUUUAAUCUGAAUUUUAAAACAAACAAAAAUCUUAAUUUAUUUCAGAUUUUAUUCUAAUAUUUUCUCAUUCUGAUAAUAUUACAAAAAUGUCCGUAGAACAUAUUUUUUUUGCAGACGAUUUAGAUGUCACAUCUUUUCAAAAUCGUAUUAGAUUUACCCAUGACAAUUACCCAGUGGUUUGCUAUUAUUUGAUAUGCCAGGGAACACCUGUCAGUGAGGUGAGAAAUGGGAAACAACAGUGUGGUUGUGAGGACGUGUCCUCUGAGUGGCUGAACCCUCCGAGGUGUCAGGACGACACCAUUAUCAGCCCUUCAUUAGCUCACUCAUCAGUGUCAUCCGCCAUAUUGCUACUGUCGUUACCAAGGUGAUGGUGUAGUGUGAGAGGUGAGGAGGGGGAGCAGAGAGAACAGUGUGUUGGGGGGAGGGUGUGUGGGGGUGUGUGUGUGUGUGUGUGAGAGAGAUCCUACGAGUUUCCACUGGAGACCAGAGCUCCUUUAAACCAAAGGGAAGCUGCACACACAAAUAUCCAUCAUUCUCAUGAUCACAAGCACACCUGUAGUCAAGGGCCACAAGGGUUGUGUGUGUGUGUGUGAUGUGUGUGUGACGUGCACCAGAGAGACUUUGACACAACGUUGUCCUCUCUCUCUGUGAACCUGCAGUAGAGCUAUACUGAUACCUAGAAUCAGAAACACACACAGAGGUAUACACAUGCAAAACAUACACAACAAAUAUAUAGUUUUUUGCUUUUUUACUCGACAGGGUUCUCCUUACUCCUCAGUCCUCUGCAUAAAUUAUAAGCUCUGAUGUCAUACCAUUUCAGUUCAAUUCCAUUUGUAUUUGAAUUUAAUUUAAUUGAAAGAAUUUACAGAAAUAUAUGUACAGUGUGGGGAAAAAAGUAUUUGAUCCCCUGCUGAUUUUGUACGUUUGCUCACUGACAAAGAAAUGAUCAGUCUAUAAUUGUAAUGGUAGGUUUAUUUGAACAGUGAGAGACGGAAUAACAACAAAAAAAUCUAGAAAAACGCAUGUCAAAAAUGUUAUAAAUUGAUUUGCAUUUUAAUGAGAGAAAUAAGUAUUUGACCCCUCUGCAAAACAUGACUUAGUACUUGGUGGCAAAACCCUUGUUGGCAAUCACAGAGGUCAGACGUUUCUUGUAGUUGGCCACCAGGUUUGCACACAUCUCAGGAGGAAUUUUGUCCCACUCCUCUUUGCAGAUCUUCUCCAAGUCAUUAAGGUUUCGAGGCUGACGUUUGGCAACUCGAAACUUCAGCUCCCUCCACAGAUUUUCUAUGGGAUUAAGGUCUGGAGACUGGCUAGGCCACUCCAGGACCUUAAUGUGCUUAUUCUUGAGCCAAUCCUUUGUUGCCUUGGCCGUGUGUUUUGGGUCAUUGUCAUGCUGGAAUACCCAUCCACGACCCAUUUUCAAUGCCCUGGCUGAGGGAAGGAGGUUCUCACCCAAGAUUUGACGGUACAUGUCCCCGUCCAUCGUCCCUUUGAUGCAGUGACGUUGUCCUGUCCCCUUAGCAGAAAAACACCUCCAUGUUUGACGGUGGGGAUGGUGUUCUUGGGGUCAUAGGCAGCAUUCCUCCUCCUCCAAACACGGCGAGUUGAGUUGAUGCCAAAGAGCUCCAUUUUGGUCUCAUCUGAUCACUUUCACCUAGUUCUCCUCUGAAUCAUUCAGAUGUUCAUUGGCAAACUUCAGACGGCCCUGUAUAUGUGCUUUCUUGAGCAGAGGGACCUUGCGGGCGCUGCAAGAUUUCAGUCCUUCACGGCGUAGUGUGUUACCAAUUGUUUUCUUGGUGACUAUGGUCCCAGCUGCCUUGAGAUCAUUGACAAGAUCCUCCCGUGUAGUUCUGGGCUGAUUUCUCACCGUUCUCAUGAUCGUUGCAACUCCACGAGGUGAGAUCUUGCAUGGAGCCCCAGGCCGAGGGAGAUUGACAGUUCUUUUGUGUUUCUUCCAUUUGCGAAUAAUCGCACCAACUGUUGUCACCUUCUCACCAAGCUGCUUGGCGAUGGUCUUGUAGCCCAUUCCAGCCUUGUGUAGGUCUAUAAUCUUGUCCCUGACAUCCUUGGAGAGCUCUUUGGUCUUGGCCAUGGUGGAGAGUUUGGAAUCUGAUUGAUUGAUUGCUUCUGUGGACAGGUGUCUUUUAUACAGGUAACAAGCUGAGAUUAGGAGCACUCCCUUUAAGAGUGUGCUCCUAAUCUCAGCUCGUUACCUGUAUAAAAGACACCUGGGAGCCAGAAAUCUUUCUGAUUGAGAGGGGGUCAAAUACUUAUUUCCCUCAUUAAAAUGCAAAUCAAUUUAUAACAUUUUUGACAUGCGUUUUUCUGGAUUUUUUGUUGUUAUUCUGUCUCUCACUGUUCUAAUAAACCUACCAUUAAAAUUAUAGACUGAUCAUUUCUUUGUCAGUGGGCAAACGUACAAAAUCAGCAGGGGAUCAAAUACUUUUUUCCCUCACUGUAUACACCACGUAUUCUCACAUGACAAAGACAGACGAGGUUUAAAAAUGGAUCGGUACACAAUCACAAUGUCCUCCUACUUCUCCUCAACUGUGUAAAUGUAUUAUAAACCUCUUUCUGUCACUUCCUGACAUCCUAGUGUCUGCAGUUCUAAUGAGAACACAUGCUGCUACAUCUGACCUGUCACGGCUAGUGUCACAACACCCCUGUCUCUUUGUCUCUGUGACGCACACUCACACACACUCUGUCUCUCUGUCUCCCCCUCUCAGAGCUCCAGUGCGGAGGUGACGAGGCAGACGUCGGCUAACAAAGCCCUGCGAGCCCAGCUGCUGGAGAGAGAGGAGAAGCUCAGAGAACUGCAGGAGAAGUCAGUACAUAGACCAGCAUGCUCUCUCUCUCUCUCUCUCUCUCUCUCUCUCUCUCUCUCUCUCUCUCUCUCUCUCUCUCUCGCUCACUCUCACUCUGUCUCUCUCUCUCUCUCUCUCUCUCUGUUUCUCAGUUUCUCUUGCACAUUCUUCCUCCUCUCUGUCUCAUCUGCAGUGUUUGAUUCCACCGUGUGGCAGCUCUCUGACUGCUGCCCUGUUCUCCAGCUCAGCUCUGAAUACUCUCUGGGGGGUUUUCUAUUUGCGUGUGCAUGCUUUCAUUUGUGUUUGUCUCUCUGUGUGUGUGUGUGUGUGUGUUUAUUCUUUUUCUGUGUGUGUGUUAAUGCCAUGUAUGUUGUGUGUGUCCUGUUGUGCAUUGUGUGUUGAGAUGAGAUGGAGGGUUUUGAUCAAAGAGAUGGGUAUUGAUCCAGUGUGUGUGCCGCAGGAAGGAUCAACUCUGCUCCUCGUGACACAAAAACCCACACAACACCACAGUGGCCCCCGGGCCUUCUGUUAAUGACUUACAUAGUUGAGAGAAGUGAAACUGCAAAGCUGUGAUCAUCAUUGAGCAUGUAACAUGUUAAGAGGUCUCGGCAAUUAGCAACUUAUCAAACUUUAAAUUUAUUUUCAAACAAAGGCAGGAUGGACUGACAUGUUAGUUUCUCUCUCACUCUUUCUCUCUCUCUCUUUCUCUCUCUCUCUCUCACACUCUCUUUCUCUCUCUCUCUUUCUCUCUCAUUCUCUUUCUCUCUCAUUCUCUUUCUCUCUCACUCUCUUUCUCUCUCUCGGCCCAAUAUGAUACAGUAGUACCCUUUUUUCCUUUCAUCUUCAAUAAUACAUCCAACAUGUGUGUUCAGUGUGUACAGCGAUCACAGUAGCGUUGUGUGUUUGUGACCAAAGCGCGGGCGGAUCACAGCAGAGACAGAGCGAAGAUCCCUCAGCCGGUUUCCGCGACAACGUCCCUCAUAUCCAUUGGUCCCUUCUUCUUCUACUUCUUCUUCUUCUUCUAUUGCCAUGGCGCUACCCUAGCACCUCGCCACAUCCUCCACGGGGCGUCCUUCUCUCAGAAUGAAAGACAUGUCUAUACCAGACGUCUCUGAAAUAUACAUCUCAGUACACACCAAGGGGCCAGGCAGGCUGCUCCUCUGCAAAAAAAAGAAGUGAAUUUCAAAGUAAGAGCGUGUGUCCUCAGUCAAUAUCCGUCAUCCAGGCGCCUGCUUUAUUUAUGAACCUACUUCUUUCAUCUCCAGCGAUCCUGUUGUCUGUCUGUCUAUCAGAGACACAUCUAUGUUUCAACUCCCCUUUUGUUUUUUAACAACACUUACUACUGUCUGUAGGACAUGUUAAAGUGUGAUUAUCAUGGACGCAUGUUUGAUGAGCGAUAAAGUGGAAAAACUGGAGAUGAAAGAAACUAGCAGCAGGGUGAUAAUGUUAGAGAUCAGAAUACAGGUUCCAAGUCCAGUCUUUCAACAGACACUUCAUAAAUACAGAUCACUCUCUCUCUCUCUCUCUCUCUCUCUCUCUCUCUCUCUCUCUCUCUCUCUCUCUCUCUCUCUCGCAGAAGAAGAAGAACAACUACUAUAGUAGCUAUCCCCCAUUCUUUUUUAUCCUCUAUUCAUCCUCUGUUCAUCUAAAAUGCAUGUUAUAGAUCUAAUUACCAUUAUUAGUGUUGGGGAUGCACAGAGGGAUCUGUGUGAUGUGGCUGGGCUUCUCUCUAAUGCUGCUGCUCUUCAAGUCAACAGAGACAGACGUCCUAAAGGUUCAAUAUGGGUUUUUUCAUUAAUGGUUAAAUCCAUUGGGGUAACCAGGGACCCUAUGCAGCAGGGCCCCCGGCCAGACUCUCCUCUCUUCUCUCUCAUUUAAUUUAAAGUCACUCCAAUAAGACAAGCUCUCAUUUAUUUGGCCCAGUCUGCCCCCAGGCUAACGGCUCUAUCGAGGGAGACAGGGACAUUUACUUACACAAAAAUAUAAAAGGCACUUGCCCCUCGGUUGCGUCAUCUGUUUAUUUAGAAUAAAAGCCUAGUCGGUAAUAUGUGCAGGCUGAGAGGGAAAAAAAACUAUACAUAUUUUGCAAUGUAAACCUGAUUAAUUAAAAGGAAACGCAUCUGAUCUUUAAUCAUAUUAUUCCAUUUGUUCUUCCGAUUCCCCCCCGCAGGACCCCAGACGGCCAUGAAGUCGGUAAUAUUUGCCUUUAUGUGAAACAACAGAGUAAAACAUGUAAACAGAGUAAACUACACACUAAGACAUUUAACUGAAAGAGUCUCUUAAGAUGUGGCUCUAAAGAGAUAUGGGAAUAUUAAGCGUGUCAGGGAGAGGUUUGAAAUGUGAAGUGACACGUCGUACAUUUUAGACACACACACACACCACACACACACACACACACACACACAGCCGUUUCAACAGGGGCACCCCAGCAUCUCUAUCUAAUUACUAUCACACACAGCUAUGCCGUUUCAACAGGGGGACCCCAGCGUCUCUCUAUCUAGUUACUAUCACACACAGCUAUGCCGUUUCAACAGGGGGACCCCAGCGUCUCUCUAUCUAGUUACUAUCAGAAUAGUCAACUAGUCAAGUAAACAAACAAGCUCUUUUGGAGUUGAUUCCACUCUGGAUCGUUAUCUACAGAACCACGUCCCCUCCCCAGUCGUCCCCUCCCCAGUCGCCCCCUCUCCAGUCGCCCCCUCCUCCAGUCGCCCCCUCCCCAGUCGUCCCCUUCCCCAGUCGCCCCCUCCCCAGUCGCCCCCUCCCCAGUCGCCCCCUCCCCCAAGUCGUCCCCUCUCCAGUCGUCCCCUCCCCAGUUUCGCCCCCUCCCCAGUCGUUCCCCUUCCCCAGUCUCGCCCCCUCCCAGUCGCCCCCCUCCUCCAGUCUCCCCCUCCCCAUUCGUUUCCCCUUCCCCAGUCGCCCCCUCCCCCAGUCGUCCCCUUCCCCAGUCGUCCCCUUCCCCAGUCGUCCCCUUCCCCAGUCGUCCCCUUCCCCAGUUCGUCCCCUUCCCCAGUCGUCCCCUUCCCCAGUCGCCCCCUCCCCAGUCGUCCCCUCCCCAGUCUAAUGGGUUUUCAUGUGGCGAGGACAGUAGUGUAACAUUUCAUUAAGAACUGUGAUUCUUUUCAUGCUAUUUGGAUGUGUUGAAUUGUGUCUAUGUUACUGUAGAUCAGACUGUUACUGAAGUCUGGAUGUUAGUGUCUCAGAAGAUCUAAAAUGUCAUUUGUCAGAAAUGUUCCCCAUCCGAUGUUGCACAACAUGCGUAGAUAUUCCCCACUAGUAUAGGAAUCAGUAAUGUAUGCAGUCUAGAAAUGGGAUAUUAUACAGAAAUUCAUAUUUUCUGCAGCAUCCCCUAUCAGCAUGUGAUUGUCAAUGUAUUUAGUUGUCAUAAUGUGAUGUGAGCGUGGGGACGUGUGUGUGUUUGUCUGCUUCUGCGUGUGUUUGCGUCUGCGUCUUUGCGUGUGCGUGUGUGUUAAUGCCCUGUGUGUGUGUGUGUGUGUGUGUGUGUGUGUGUGUGUGUGUCAUUCCCAGGGUGAUCCACACAGAGAGAGAUGUGCACAUGAAGAGGCAGCUGGUGGAGGACGUGAAGACUAGGAUGAGGUUCCUCCAGGAGACUGAGAAGACACACAGAGGAAUGGUGGAGGAGCUGGAGAAGAAAGUAUGUCUCAGUUAACAUCUCACAUGACAUGGUUUAAUCACACAACAAUGAGUUAGCAUAAUCAGAUGGCAUAAAAUGGAAUGAAAAUGCGUUUUACUGGCACGUUUACAGUCCUGCCAGCCUUUAUGGUUUUCCUGUAGUCACAAUAACAUUUCAGAUGACACGUUUUCAUCACAUGACAGAAUCUGCUAGCAAAUUUAACAAUGAAUCGGCUAUGCAGGUACUUGUAUGCCAUGAAAACGCCACUAACCGGUAUAUUCACCCAGCCUUGAUUUAAUUUAGACUGAAUAUAUCUACAGUACUGUAGCAUGGGCAAAAGGAAAACCCAUUCAAACAUCUUUGAUAUUUUGAAGAUAUUCACAAAUUCUUCCUCCUCUCUCCCUCUGUGUGUGACACCCAGGUGAAGACCUUGACAGAGGAGGCCACUAACAGGAAGGCCUUUAUAGACUCUCUGAAGAGGAGGCUGUCUGUAGCUACUAAAGAGAAGAGUCAGCAUGAGACCUCCUGUCAGAAACUCAAGGAGGACCUGGACAAGAAGGUACCAGCCAUAGCAGUUUAGGCUCACCUAAUAAUGUGUGUGAUGUUCAGGUAGUCGUCAGCAGUGGUAGUAUGACUGUUGCUUACACACAGGCUGGGAUCGUUCUAUUUUGAUAAGGCGGAUUUGAUCACAUUUCCCUUCCCAACGACAAGCUGGGAGAAGUCCAGUAACAGAAGUGAAGAUUGCCUCCACAACACCUUUUUAUAGCGUCAUUUCCAAACCUAUGUAUUAUGGUGGAUAGGAGCAGCGUGACUGGAAACCCAUGUAUUAUGACAUCAUCUCCCUGUGUUGUGGUGUAUAGGAGCAGCGUGACUGGAAACCCAUGUAUUAUGACAUCAUCUCCCUGUGUUGUGGUGUAUAGGAGCAGCAUGACUGGAAACCCAUGUAUUAUGACAUCAUCUCCCUGUGUUGUGGUGUAUAGGAGCAGCGUGACUGGAAACCCAUGUAUUAUGACAUCAUCUCCCUGUGUUGUGGUGUAUAGGAGCAGCGUGACUGGAAACCCAUGUAUUAUGACAUCAUCUCCCUGUGUUGUGGUGUAUAGGAGCAGCGUGACUGGAAACCCAUGUAUUAUGACAUCAUCUCCCUGUGUUGUGGUGUAUAGGAGCAGCAUGACUGGAAACCCAUGUAUUAUGACAUCAUCUCCCUGUGUUGUGGUGUAUAGGAGCAGCGAGACUGGAAACCCAUGUAUUAUGACAUAAUCUCCCUGUGUUGUGGUGUAUAGGAGCAGCGUGAAUGUAAAUCAUUCUCUCUCCUUCUCUCCCUCCCUGUAGGAGCAGCGUGUGGAGGCCUUGCAGGCCCGUGUGAGGGCCAGUGAGCGGGCCCAGGCCGAGCUGGAGCAGACGGCCUCCCGUCAGAUGGAGGGUCUGGCCCAGCAGAGCACCGUGGCCCUGGAGGCCCUGCAGAGACGACUGGGCCUGGCCCACACACAGCUGGAGCAGCUACAAGCCUUCACUAAGGUACUGGACUGGGGACUGGGCAUGGGUUAGAGGGCAGAGGUCAAAUGUACUUGGGGCAGACACAGCACAGGGGUCAGUGGUCACUGGCAAAAUACAUGGAUGUACCAGGGUCGUGUUCAGUCGGGUACACCGUAGAUUUAAAAAAAUUAUGAAAUGAAAAUAACCAGCCCUCUCCCCGUUUCAGUCAGUUUUUCUUCCGUUUGGUGCUUAAUGAACAUGACCCAGUUUGACAAUCCCGGUCUGAGAUGAGCCUAGUGCAUCGUAAUAUAACCUUAUUAGGGCUGUGAUAUGUCAGUCAGAUGAGGGACUGCUAAUUAGCCUAGCUGCCAUGGCAUGUUCACUUCACACAAAGACCUAAUAACCAUUGUAAUAUGAUGUCUCUUCUUCUAAAGACAUUAACAUAAUUGCCUCUGAAUCACUCUUUAAUCCUAACAUCAAAUUGAGUCAUGACAUUGGGUGACGCGAGGGCUGAGUGCUUAGUCUGUGCCAGUGGAGGGCAUAAUGGGGGGUUAAGGCCCUGCCAGUGUGUGUCUGCCCAGUGGGAAUGGAGUUCUAAUCCAACUGCCAUUCUAGUGUUGUGUUUCUGGCAGGGCCUGAUAAAGAACCUGUCAAUCACACCGUCGCCGUGACACUUGCCCAUCAACUCUGACUGCAGUGUUGAGGGGGAGGGGCUUAAGAGAGACCACGAUGGCAUCCCCUCCCUCAGAACUAGUCCAGGAGACGACAUGGAUACCAUUGUGGUCAUAACCAGCUCUUUGUUCUCCCACAAGUAAUUUAUGUUUCACUGGUCAAAAUAAACUGACCAAACUGUUAUCGGGAAGAUUUUUAUAAUAGGUCGCCCACCUUUCCCUCCCUCCCUCCCUCCCUCCCUCCCUCCCUCCCUCCCUCCCUCCCUCCCUCCCUCCCUCCUCUCCUUCCUUCCUUCCCUCUUCUCCUCCCUCCCUCCCUCCCUCCCCUCCUUCCUUCCUUCCCUCUUCUCCACCCCCCCUCCCUCUUUUCUCCCCUAACAACAUACUGUAUCCUAUCUUUAAUACUGAACCCUUUCCGUCCUCGUUCCCAUAACACUAGGGCUGAGUUGUCUGAGUGUCUGGGCCAUUGUUGUUGAGCAUUCACAUCAUUCUAGGUUUCCCCAAUCCUUUUUAUGAUCCCUGAUAAGAACAGGAGGCCCUUUGAUUGGCUGACCUGCCGUCCAGAGGAGAUUUACUGCUGUCAUGUAUUGAUCAGUGUCCAGGGCUUCUGGGGUCUUCUUCUGUUGUGUACUCUGGUUGGUUGGACCCCGGGCCCCUCUACACCUCUCUACCAGCCUCAGGCCAUGUUCCACUCCUGUUGAUGUGCUAAACACUAAACAGUGGCCCUGGAAUGGCUGCCUACACUCACCGGCUUAGCCUCAGACACAAAGGUGGAGACCAGAUUUGGGUUCAAAUACUACACUGCUCAGAAAAAUAAAGGGAACACUAAAAUAACACAUCCUAGAUCUGAAUGAAUGAAAUAAUCUUAUUAAAUACUUUUUUCUUUACAUAGUUGAAUGUGCUGACAACAAAAUCACACAAAAAUUAUCAAUGGAAAUCAAAUUUAUCAACCCAUGGAGGUCUGGAUUUGGAGUCACCCUCAAAAUUAAAGUGGAAAACCACACUACAGGCUGAUCCAACUUUGAUGUAAUGUCCUUAAAACAAGUCAAAAUGAGGCUCAGUAGUGUGUGUGUGUGGCCUCCACGUGCCUGUAUGACCUCCCUACAACGCCUGGGCAUGCUCCUGAUGAGGUGGCGGAUGGUCUCCUGAGGGAUCUCCUCCCAGACCUGGACUAAAGCAUCCGCCAACUCCUGGACAGUCUGUGGUGCAACGUGGCGUUGGUGGAUGGAGCGAGACAUGAUGUCCCAGAUGUGCUAAUUUGGAUUCAGGUCUGGGGAACAGGCGGGCCAGUCCAUAGCAUCAAUGCCUUCCUCUUGCAGGAACUGCUGACACACUCCAGCCACAUGAGGUCUAGCAUUGUCUUGCAUUAGGAGGAACCCAGGGCCAACCACACCAGCAUAUGGUCUCACAAGGGGUCUGAGGAUCUCAUCUCGGUACCUAAUGGCAGUCAGGCUACCUCUGGCGAGCACAUGGAGGGCUGUGCGGCCCCCCAAAGAAAUGCCACCCCACACCAUGACUGACCCACCGCCAAACCGGUCAUGCUGGAGGAUGUUGCAGGCAGCAGAACGUUCUCCACGGCGUCUCCAGACUCUGUCACGUCUGUCACAUGUGCUCAGUGUGAACCUGCUUUCAUCUGUGAAGAGCACAGGGCGCCAGUGGCGAAUUUGCCAAUCCUGGUGUUCUCUGGCAAAUGCCAAACGUCCUGCACGGUGUUGGGCUGUAAGCACAACCCCCAUCUGUGGACGUCGGGCCCUCAUACCACCCUCAUGGAGUCUGUUUCUGACCGUUUGAGCAGACACAUGCACAUUUGUGGCCUGCUGGAAGUCAUUUUGCAGGGCUCUGGCAGUGCUCCUCCUGCUCCUCCUUGCACAAAGGCGGAGGUAGCAGUCCUGCUGCUGGGUUGUUGCCCUCCUACGGCCUCCUCCACGUCUCCUGAUGUACUGGCCUGUCUCCUGGUAGCGCCUCCAUGUUCUGGACACUACGCUGACAGACACAGCAAACCUUCUUGCCACAGCUCGCAUUGAUGUGCCAUCCUGGAUGAGCUGCACUACCUGAGCCACUUGUGUGGGUUGUAGACUCCGUCUCAUGCUACCACUAGAGUGAAAGCACCGCCAGCAUUCAAAAGUGACCAAAACAUCAGCCAGGAAGCAUAGGAUCUGAGAAGUGGUCUGUGGUCACCACCUGCAAAACCAGUCCUUUAUUGGGGGUGCCAUGCUAAUUGCCUAUAAUUUCCACCUGUUGUCUAUUCCAUUUGCACAACAGCAUGUGAAAUUUAUUGUCAAUCAGUGUUGCUUCCUAAGUGGACAGUUUGAUUUCACAGAAGUGUGAUUGACUUGGAGUUACAUUGUGUUGUUUAAGUGUUCCCUUUAUUUUUUUGAGCAGUGUAUUUCAGUUAUUUCAAGUACUUUCACAUACAUUUCGAAGUAAGUAUUCUGAUAUGUUUGAUUGAAAAAAUAGUUGAAUAUUGGAAUGUAUUUGGAAAUACACUUGGAAAGUAUUGGCACUGGACACAGUUAAAUAGAGCAGUAAAACCUAUAUCAGUAUAUCUCUAUGAAGGUGCCAUGUUCACAAUAAAGAUGUGUCUGAAUUCACUCAACUGCAUAUUGUGGUCUAUUGUCCUUUACAAUCCCUGUCUGUGUGUUUUCAAAUGGCCAUUUUCUCAGUCAGUCCUUCCAGACAGUUCUUGUGAGUGUGAUCUAAACGGAUGGGGGUAGUUAUUAGGGAAGGACAGUGUUUCCCUGCUCAGUUGAUCUCCAUCUCCAUGUCGUAAGCCUCUGCUGUCUAAAUUGGCCCUCUGGCUACUGUGAUUGUGAUACUAGGUUUGUCUGGGUAAGAGCCGUGUGCGCCUGACUCGACCUGCACACACACACACGCACGCACACACACACGCACGCACACACACGCACACACACACACACACACAAAAUAGUGUGAGAUACAAUUGGUCUCACCUUCAUAUACACACACACACUACUUCUCUCUCUCCCGCUCUCUCUCUCUCUCUCUCUCUCUCUCUCUCUCUCUCUCUCUCUCUCUCUCUCUGUCUCUGUCUCUGUCUCUCUCUGUCUCUCUCUCUCUCUCUUUCUCUCUCUCUUUCUCUCUCUGUCUCUCUCUCUCUCUCUUUCUCUCUGUCUCUCUGUCUCUCUCUCUCUCUUUGUCUCGCUCUCUCUCUCUCUCUCUCUCUCUCUCUCUCUCUCUCUCUCUCUCUCUCUCUCUCUCUCUCUCUCUCUCUCUCAGGGCUGAGAAUGAGUGAUAAAUUAAUCUCUUUCCAGAUUAUUCCACACAUUCAGGGUUUGGGUCAAUUGAAUGUAACCCUUGACUAGCGACAGUAAAUAUCUAUUAGGGCUGUAAAUAAAAUAAUAGGAUCUCUGGCAGUUUCUUAAUGAGCUGUGUAUUCCUCCAGGACACAGAAGAGGUCUUGGCACACUUAUGGAGACUAAACCUUUGUUUGGUUUAUCAGGAAAAUGAAUAUUGCUGUGAUUGAUUUCUGCGCUACUUUAUUUCAUUUAUUAUACGUUUAGUUAAUUUUGUUAUAUUUCUAUAUAUCUAUUGUGCUCUACUGUAUCUAAACCCACACCUAAUACAUCUAAUAUAUGAUAUAUGUUAUAUUAUAAACUGGGUGUUUCGAUGCAUGAAUGCUGAUUGGCUGAAAGCUGUGGUAUGUGAGACCGUAUACCACGGGUAUGACAAAACAUGUAUUUUUACUGUUCUAAUUACGUUGAUAACCAGUUUAUAAUAGCAAUAAGGCACCUCCCGGGUUUGUGGUAUAUGGCCAAUAUACCACGGCUAAGGGCUAUAUCCAGGCACUCCGCGUUGCUUCGUGCAUAAGAACAGCCCUUAGCCGUGGUAGAUUGGCCAUAUACCACACCCCAUCGUGGCCAUAUACCACACCCCCUCGUGCCUUAUUGCCUAAUAAUAUAUUGAUUUGGGGGUAGAAUAGACACCUCAGCUUAAGUAUAAAGACUUUAUAGAAUGUACAGAGAAACCCUUCAGAAUAUCCUAAGGUGUGUUUAGUCAUAUUGUUUUACAUUGACGCGCCGUGUCCCAUUUGGUUUUCACACACAGCUCAUUUGUCUAAGCUUCAUGCGUUUUUAUAUUUGAUUUCAUUUACUAAUAGUCCAUCUAAUAGCAUCCCUCGGAUCCCUCCACGAUCUGUCUGUCAACAAUAACUCUCCCCACCAGCUCUCCCUUAUGAAAUCUAGCAGAGCCUCAGCAAAGUGCUUCUGAUCCGCCCGUGUGAAAUAAACUAAAGCAAUGGAGAUGUCUGUUUAUGAUUAGCCUGGGUUAUGUACAUGGAAUGAGAGGUGUGUGUACAUAUCUGUUUCUGUAUGUAUGCAGUUGCCCUUGUGUGUUUGGGAUUGUUUUGUGUGUGUGUGUGUGUGUGUGUGUGCUUGAAAAGCUACCUAGCCCAUCUCUCGGCUGACCUUCCAUUCCAAGGUCAGCUUUUCAGGCGGGCUUACAGGGGAAUGAUACAGAAGAUUAUUGCAUCGAUCAAUAAGCUCAAAAUGAAGCAAAGGGGAGUUUUGGGUUAUUGACUUUCUCAUGUACAGUGGUAGCUUUACAUUUAAUUGUCUCACUCUCUUUUUAUUUAGAGCCAACUGCCAUUUAGUGCAUUCAGGCCUCUGAGGUGCCUGAAGACCAAUGAGGUUUCACACACACACACACACUCUCGGGCACCAUUUGAAAUGCACCUCAUCGCUCAGUUAUUUACACUGUUAUGCCGUUGUAUUGGCUUGUUUUAUUGUGAGCCCAUUCAAAGCAAAUAACUAUGUUAGCAUUUUUCAUACAACUCUUUCCCAUGUGUGAUUCGGUCCGCGUCAAUUCUGAGGAGAUUUGUCGGAGAAGAAACCUAUUAUUGAUAUCCAAGAUGCGUAGAUACCCUCGGUGUCUGUCAUCACCGCACCGUUCAAUCGGUCGGGUAACUCAGAAACCCUCUCAGGUACUAAAAUCCUAUAAGGAGAGUGAACGAACCAGAGAAUUUCAGUGUCAAACUCAAUAUUCCUCCAUAAUGUACGUUGCUGCUGACGCCCUCGGCUCUUGUCUUGAUAGGUUUCAUUUAUUCAUCUACAGAUGUAUGAUCUUUUUGAUCAUUUGAUCACCCUGUUGCAGGAGAACUUUCCAACAAUGCAGGAAAUGUUGAACUUGUAGUGUAUUUACGGUUUAAAAAGGCUUCUUUAGUCUGUAAUUUCCACUUUUCCCUUACAAUUUUUUGUUAUAAACCCCUACAAAAAUGUCAAUUAAUUAUAAUACACAUAAUAAUUCACAUUUCCUGUUGCUGCAGGAAUAUUUCCCUGCUGUAGAAAACUGGCUCAAAUUUCCAUCUCUCGCUUUCUCUAGUUUCAUCACCCUUUCUUUAUUUUCAUCCUCUCAGGCUCUGGCAAGCGAAACUCUCCGCGAGGUGCAGGACGCCAAAUCGCAGCUGAAGAGGAAGAGGACGGAGAAGAAGAAGGCAGUAGGGGCCGGAGGGCUGUCCAAGCAGUCCAUGGUCAAGGCACAGUCCAUCGCUGCGUCCAUCCUCAACAUGACCGAGACGGACCUGGCUGACAUGCUGGACACCGACGAGGUACGGGUUUACGACCCCUAACAAAAUCACUGAUCGCGGAGCAGUUUUUAUCCGUCUGAAUUAGUCUCUGCAGGUAGAUGAUGCACCUUUAACCACAUAUCUAAGAUCAGAUGAUGCCCAAAUCCCCAAUCCAACAUGGCUGAAUCACUGAUCUCAGUGCAGUUUUUGUCCGUCUGAAUGAGUCACUGCAGAUCUAGGAUCAGAUUACGCCUAUCCCCGAUCCUUACCUUGACCACUAGCAGGAUGGACAUAAUAUCUGACCCUGUAUCAUUUGUUAGUAGACAUCUUCUACCACCUUCACAAUGACCCUGUGGGAACAGAUACAUGUAUAGUUUACCAUCACUGACAGGAAAACAUGGAAAGACAGUUGACUUGUAUUGAAGUCCCAGUUCAGUCAGCUGACUCUAACCGGCACUUGGCCUCUGUGGUGAUUCAGUCUCAAGUCAGAGUGCUGUGGUAAAUGUAGCUAUAUAACCUUUCUAGUCGUUGACUGGAUAAGCAUGGGUGAGUAGGCAUACAUGAACACUUAGGGAGGUGAUAUGUGCCUAUUUUAAAGAACACAACUAGCCUGGUGGUCUAGUCUGUUUGGGAUUUUUUGUAGCAGCAGUGGCAGAGUUAGCAUAUGGGGGUGCUUGGUCUUUCUGGGGUCUUCCUGGGGCAUACAUCUAUACAUCUACAGUGAGGGAAAAAUUUAUUUGAUCCCCUGCUGAUUUUGUACGUUUGCCCACUGACAAAGAAAUUAUCACUCUAUAAUUUUAAUGGUAGGUUUAUUUGAACAGUUAGAGACAUAAUAACAACAAAAAAAUCCAGAAAAACGCAUGUCAAAAAUGUUAUAAAUUGAUUAGUUUUUUAAUGAGGGAAAUAAGUAUUUGACCCCUCUGCAAAACAUGACUUAGUACUUGGUGGCAAAACCGUUUCUUGUAGUUGGCCACCAGGUUUGCACACAUCUCAGGAGGGAUUUUGUCCCACUCCUCUUUGCAGAUCUUCUCCAAGUCAUUAAGGUUUCGAGGCUGACGUUUAGCAACUCGAACCUUCAGCUCCCUUCACAGAUUUUCUAUGGGAUUAAGGUCUGGAGACUAGCUAGGCCACUCCAGGACCGUAAUGUGCUUCUUCUUGAGCCACUCCUUUGUUGCCUUGGCCGUGUGUUUUGGGUCAUUGUCAUGCUGGAAUACCCAUCCACGACCCAUUUUCAAUGCCCUGGCUGAGGGAAGGAGGUUCUCACCCAAGAUUUGACGGUACAUGGCCCCGUCCAUCGUCCCUUUGAUGCGGUGAAGUUGUCCUGUCCCCUUAGCAGAAAAACACCCCCAAAGCAUAAUGUUUCCACCUCCAUGUUUGACGGUGGAGAUGGUGUACUUGGGGUCAUAGGCAGCAUUCCUCCUCCUCCAAACACGGCGAGUUGAGUUGAUGCCAAAGAGCUCGGUUUUGGUCUCAUCUGACCACAACACUUUCAGCCAGUUCUCCUCUGAAUCAUUCAGAUGUCCAUUGGCCAAACUUCAGACGGGCCUGCAUAUGUGCUUUCUUGAGCAGGGGACCUUGGCGGGUGCUUGCAAGGAUUUCACAGUCCUUCACGUGCGUAGUGUGUUACCAAUUGUUUUCUUGUGACUAUGGUUCCCAGCUGCCUGAGAUCAUUAACAAGAUCCCUCCUGUGUAGUUCUGGGCUGAGUCCUCACCAUUCUCAUGAUCAUUGCAACUCCACGAGGUGAGAUCUUGCUGGGAGCCCCAGGGCCGAGGAGAUUGACAGUUUCUUUGUGUUUCUUCCCUUGCGAAUAACAUCGCACAAACUGUUGUCACCUUCUCACCAAGCAGCUUGGCGAUGGUGUUGUAGCCAUCCAGCCUUGUGUAGGUCUCAAGCUUGUCCCUUACAUCCUUGGAGAGCUCUUUGGUCUUGGCCAUGGUGGAGAGUUUGGAAUCUGAUUGAUUGAUUACUUCUGUGGACAGGUUUCUUUUAUACAGGUAACAAGCUGAGAUUAGGAGCACUCCCUUUAAGAGUGUGCUCCUAAUCUCAGCUCGUUACCUGUAUAAAAGACACCUGGGAGCCAGAAAUCUUUCUGAUUGAGAGGGGGUCAAAUAUUUAUUUCCCUCAUUAAAAUGCAAAUCAAUUUAUAACAUUUUUGACAUGCGUUUUUCUGGAUUUUUUUGUUGUUAUUCUGUCUCUCACUGUUCAAAUAAACCUACAUUAAAAUUAUAGACUGAUCAUUUCUUUGUCAGUGGGCAAACGUACAAAAUCAGCAGGGGAUCAAAUACUUUUUUCCCUCACUGUACAUUAUAAAAAUGAUAUAUACAGUAUAUUACAAUUGUUUUGCAGUGGCGUCCACGAUCCCCUAAAUGCAUAUAGGGGAAACACUAGCUUUAUGUAUGGCAUGACAAUUAUAGAAAACAUGGCUACAUACAGUAUGGAACCAAGCUAGGAUACAACUACCUCUCAUUCAAGAGAAGAAAAAAAACUCACACUCUCAUUCACUAUAAAAGUUAUUUGGCUCAUGGCUUUUCUUGUUCAAGAAGAACCCUUUCUUUCACGACAACAAGCUCUAUCUACAGUAUGUCCCCACUUCCUCCACAUAGAUCACUCCUUCUCUCUCUCCUCCUCCCUUGUCGUCAAUUAACCGACACUGCGUUACAAUCAACUUCCUGUCUUCAUCACAGGAUGAGAGAGUGUAUGCCAGCCAGGAAUCAGCCACCACCUACCCUGGAAUGACAGGGCCGAGAUACAUU